GUGUAUUGUAUGUGAGGCCAGAGCCAACGUGAUCGCGGUCCACAGUCAGACCAGAACGCUGCCAGACUGUCCUUCAGGCUGGGACCCUCUCUGGUCAGGAUACUCCUUUGUAAUGGAAACAGGAGUGGGGGCGGAGGGGUCGGGUCAGCCUCUGGCCUCUCCUGGAUCCUGUCUGGAAAACUUCAGAAAGGUUCCCUUCAUCGAGUGUCACAACAAAGGAACCUGCAACUAUUACACCGACUCCUACAGCUACUGGCUGGCUGCUCUCAACCCCAGCGACAUGUUCAGUAAACCGAGGCCUCACACUGAUGCAGGAGCGUUUCCACACAGUCUGAUCAGCCGCUGUCGAGUCUGUAUGAAGCGACCGUGAACAUCAACGCUUCUGCUGCUGAUACUACGGAUACUACUGUUACUACUACUGUAAAUAUUACUGCUGCUAACACUACUGAUAUUAAUACUACUGAUAACGGUGCUACUUCAGCUCCUGUGAACUCACACCAGCGGUGAGCGAGUUACAGAGAACAGCUUUACGCUAAUGAGCGUUGAUGUGAUGCAGUUUUGACCAAUCAGAGGGCUCUGUUUGAGAUGCAGCCUCAAAGUCCUGAUCAGCAGUUUAUUCUCUAGGAUUAGUUUUCACCAUCUCAAAUUUUUCUCUUGGAUCACCUGUGUGCACUGUUGCUACUGCAAUUACUACUUCAGCUGGUACUACUACUGAUACUGCUACUGCUACUACUACUGACUACUGCUACUGCUACUGCUACUACUACUGAUACUGCUACUGCUACUA